UCCUAUGUGGAGCGGCUGUGGUGGCUGCCGCUGCUCGAGGGACCCCUGUACUCGGGCUUCGCCCCGCCGGGUGGUUCCGCCUCCCUCAGCGGGUGGGUGAGGGGCAGGAGGUGCCGGCGGCUGCGUCGGGCCGGCGGCUGGGUUGUUUUCCCGCGUCCCGGGGCCGGUCCCGUUCGCCGGGUGCAUCUGAUUACCUGCUGAAAAAGCUUGGAAGCAUCAACAAUGAACUCGAUGUUAACAUUACUUUUUUCUGGAAUAGUCGCUUGUUGUGCUCACUCUGCUGGUGAUUCGACAUCCAGGUUGCUCCUUGUGUCCUUUGAUGGCUUCAGGGCUGAUUACUUGGAAACCUAUAAACUUCCUCAUCUUCAGGAGUUCAUUGAGGAUGGUGUGCUUGUAAAAGAAGUUACGAAUGCGUUCAUCACCAAGACAUUCCCAAACCAUUACACCAUAGUGACAGGCUUAUAUGAAGAAAGCCACGGCAUUGUGGCUAAUGACAUGUACGACGUGGAUGCCAAGAAAAAGUUUUCGCAGUUCAAUGAUUCAGAUCCCUUCUGGUGGAAUGAAGCGGUUCCAAUUUGGGUAACAAAUCAGCGGCGGGGAAAUGGAGUAAGUGCUGCCGCAAUGUGGCCCGGUACUGAUGUAAAAAUUAACAAUACAACCCCUCAGUUCUUUAUGAAGUAUAACUUUUCAGUAACGUUUGAGGAGAGAGUGGAAAAAAUUGUUGCAUGGCUGAACAGCUCUAAUCCAGUGGUCAAUUUUGCUACGUUAUACUGGGAAGAACCAGAUGCAAGUGGGCACAAGUAUGGACCAGAUGACACUGAAAACAUGCGCAAAGUAUUAGAAGAAGUGGAUAAUCAUAUUGGUUUCCUUACUGAUAAAUUGAAGGCAUUAGGUUUGUGGGACACUCUUAAUAUCAUCAUAACAAGUGAUCAUGGAAUGGCCUCCUGUUCUCCAAAGAAGCUGAUUAUCCUGGACAAAUGCAUUGGUCGCAACAACUACACUCUGAUAGACAGGAGUCCAGUUGCUGCAGUGCUGCCAAGGCAGAAUGAAAAAUAUGUAUAUAACUUACUGAAAAAAUGUGACGAUCAUUUGAAAGUAUAUCUUAAAGAAGAAAUUCCAGAGAGAUUUCAUUAUCGUCAUAAUAAGAGAAUUCAACCUAUCAUUCUGGUUGCGGAUGAAGGCUGGACAAUUGUACAAAAUGAGUCACUUUCAAAACGUGACCAUGGCUAUGACAACGCUCUCCCAAGCAUGCAUCCCUUCCUGGCCGCCCGCGGGCCUGCUUUCCAUCGGGGUUACAAGCAGAGCACGAUAAACAACGUUGACAUUUACCCCAUGAUGUGCCACAUCCUGGGACUGACACCACAGCCCCACAAUGGCACUUUCAGUAACACCAAGUGCUUGCUUGCUGACCAGUGGUGCAUAAAUCUUCCAGAAGCUAUCGGGAUAGUUAUUGGGGCUUUUCUGAUAUUGACCACUUUAACCUGUAUUAUAAUAACCUCAAAGAAUAGAGUAGUUUCCCCACGACCAUUUUCCAGGCUUCAGUUACAAUACGAUGAUGAUGAUCCUUUAAUCGGAUAGUGUGUAGGGAGCCUCACUUGGUAAGCAGUGAUUUCAGGAAGAGUCUGAACUUGCACUGGUCGGCAUUCUUUGAUGCACUUUAACAGUAUCUGAAUAAAAUACUGUACAGCCAGAUCUUUUUGUUUGUGCUACCUGAUUAGUUGUGCUCUAAAAAUAUUUUUUCAGAACAAAACGGUGAACAGGUGAUUUUCUGCUGGAAGAGAUGGUUAACAAAAUAAGGAUGCUUAGUUUUUCACUCAAGCCUUUGAACACUUUCAAAAUAAAAUUCCAGAAUAGGAACUAGCCAGGAUAGACUAAGGGAAUUUUAACAUUUGUAAAUGAUAAUAUUUUUUGUAUUAAAUUUAAAUUAGUGUUGACUUCUUUUAGUGUUCUUGUACCUGUGUUUGAAAGAGGAUUUUUUUAUGCAAGUUAGAAGUUAACUCUGUUUGGACAGUGUAUUCUGAUUUGUUCUUAAAUUUGGCAAUAGAGGAGAUCCAAUACUUCUGUUUCCACCCUAAGCCAGCAAUAUGACAAGAAACUGGUGAGAAGGAAAACGGAAGCCAGUGAGGCAAGAAUUGGUGCAUAUCAGUUCUGGUUUGAGCUCUAACACGUGCGGGUCAGCAGUUACAACACCCAGCAGGUGGCUCUGACAUUUCUAGACGUGUGUUUGUGGAUGACUUGGUUCUGCCGUUCCUGCACUCAGAGAGUUGGAUGAUACUACUUGCUCAUCUCAAGGAUGUUUGACCCUGAGAAUCCUUGGAUUACUCAGUUUCUUGGGCUGUAGUAGUAAAAUUGCUGCUUCUAAACCCUGUGAAAAUUUUGUAGGUGUAAAUUCUGCUGAAGGUGUUUUUGUAAUAAAGGUGGUUCUGCCCUGUGUA